UAAUUUGUGGAAAUGCUACAAUAUUAGAAUAUAGACCACAUGCACAUAGAAUGAUUUCAGACGAUAAAUGUCAAUGUCAUAUGUCGAUGUCAUUUGUCGCUGUUUAUUCCCAUUAAAGUUAUUCUUACGUCGAGGCACACACGACAAACAACAAUGCACAGUGUUCAGGUAGCCUGCUCUCGUUGUGUUGCCAGAUUGUGUGGGAUUCUGCUCCAGCGCUACCGCGCAUGCGCUUGGGAAGCCUGGGGUAGGCCCUGCUGUUUUUCUAACUCUAGUUCAAUCCUACACUGCCAUCUCAACCAAAACAAGGAGCAAGAAAAUCCCCCUCUUGGACGGCAGAUAAACGAGGGUGUUCAUUACCAUCGACUUGACUUUUCUGUUUGGACUUAAACGCUCAAUGACAAUCUACAGGCACUCUUUAAGACCCUUCCCGACCUAAAGAAGGUGUAACAGGCGAGUUAGAGAAAAUGAGAUACUUUUGAACUGUGAACAGUCACCUUAGACUGGGAGAGGCUCACGUGAGCUCUGUUAAAACGACAUAUAAAGGGCGGCACGUGAGGCGUUCUGACUGAAUAACACAAUGAGUCUACACAUCAAACACACAUCAUCAUGAACGGCGGCUACUGCUAACAUGUGGUACCUUCAGUCUCGCACCCGACGGAAAUCACAUGCACCCCACUGGGGACCACAGCAGUAUUUCAAAACUUGACAUUCAGGUGCUCCCAGAGACCUCUGACUGAACGCAUACAACAAUAUUGAUAUUCCAACACAUCUAUCUAGUCCACCUGCCGACCCUACAUCCCGUGACCUUACAACUCCUUAUAUAAAGAAAGCAGACCUGGAGGUUAAUUUACAAAUGUCUACCUCACGCUUAAAGGUCCUCUCUCUACAUCUGCAACCUUGAACACGCUACAAAAAUGACCUCCAGCAUAGACCGGGAUGACAGCAGUAUCUUUGAUGGGUUGAUGGAAGAAGAUGAGAAGGACAAAGCGAAAAGAGUUUCUAGGAACAAGUCGGAAAAGAAGAGGCGAGACCAGUUCAAUGUGCUCAUCAAGGAACUGGGCACCAUGUUGCCGGGUAACACCCGCAAGAUGGACAAGUCUACCAUCCUCCAAAAGAGCAUCGACUUCCUGCGGAAGCACAAAGAAAUCGCUGCACAGUCUGAGUCCAGUGAAAUCCGUCAGGACUGGAAACCUCCUUUUCUCAGCAACGAAGAGUUCACACAGCUCAUGCUGGAGGCACUGGAUGGCUUCUUUCUGGCUAUCAUGACAGACGGCAAUAUAAUCUACGUCUCAGAAAGCGUCACGUCUUUAUUAGAACAUCUACCUUCUGAUCUUGUGGAUCAGAACCUGUUGAACUUCCUUCCGCUGGGUGAGCACUCUGAGGUGUAUAAAGCCCUGUCCACACACAAUCUAGAGGGGGAGACCCUCACCCCAGACUACCUGAAGACAAAAAACCAGUUAGAGUUUUGUUGCCACAUGCUCCGAGGCACCAUCGACCCAAAAGAGCCGCCCGUUUAUGAGUAUGUCAAGUUCAUCGGAAACUUUAAGUCCCUCAACACUGUGCCUAACUCGACGCGUAACGGCUUCGAGGGAGUGAUCCAGCGAUCGCUAAGACCGGCUUUCGAAGACAGAGUAUGUUUCAUAGCAACUGUGAGGUUAGCCAAACCUCAGUUUAUCAAGGAAAUGUGUACUGUGGAGGAGCCCAAUGAAGAAUUCACCUCCAGACACAGUUUAGAAUGGAAAUUCCUGUUUUUGGACCACAGGGCGCCCCCAAUCAUAGGUUACCUGCCCUUUGAAGUUCUGGGUACGUCGGGGUACGACUACUAUCACGUGGAUGACCUGGAGACCUUGGCCAAAUGCCACGAGCAUUUGAUGCAGUAUGGGAAGGGGAAGUCAUGCUAUUAUCGAUUUUUAACUAAAGGUCAACAGUGGAUUUGGCUCCAGACCCACUACUACAUCACCUACCACCAGUGGAACUCACGACCAGAGUUUAUUGUCUGCACACACACUGUGGUCAGUUAUGCUGAAGUAAGAGCUGAACAGCGUCGAGAACUGGGCAUCGAGGAGUCGCCUCCUGAGAUCUCAGCAGACAAGUCUCAAGACUCCGGCUCUGAAUCUCAGUUGAACACCUCCAGCCUGAAGGAGGCGCUAGAGCGCUUUGAUCACAGCCGCACACCCUCUGCCUCCUCACGGAGCUCACGCAAGUCCUCCACACACACAGCUGUCUCGGACCCCACGUCCACACAGACAAAGCCACAGACAGACCAUAUCACACCACCCCGCCAAUCAGUCUCAGCCAUUGAGAUGGCAUCACAGCGGAGGUCGUCCAUUAGCAGUCAGUCGAUGAGCUCUCAGAACACGGCACAGACGAUGGCAACGUCCCUCGUGUCGCAGCCUCAGCCACUUCAGCCCAAUGUGCAGAUGGAUGCCAUGCAGCAUCUUAAGGAGCAGCUGGAGCAGCGCACGCACAUGAUCGAGGCCAACAUUCAGAGACAACAAGAUGAGCUGCGACAAAUUCAGGAAGAACUGAAUAGGGUGCAAGGACAAGGCUUACAGAUGUUCUUACAGCCAGGAGGGGGAGGUCUCAACCUCGGCUCAGUGCAGCUGACACAGGGAGCAUCCGUGCAGGCAGGGGGCGCUCUUUCCAUGCAGGGGGCGGUGGUGCCGACAGGGAGCCUGCAGAGUGGCUUACAGUCCACACAUACAGCGACACAACUCGCCGUCACACAACAACAUUCUCAGCAGGCACCACCACAACAGCAGACCCUUCUCAGAGAUCAGAGCGCCACAUUAACGCAGUCCCAGAGGUCGUCUCACACACUGCAGUCUCCUCAGACAGCACUGCCAGCAUCUCUGUAUAACACCAUGAUGAUCUCUCAGCCCAGCCAGGGCAACGUCGUGCAGAUCGCCACCAGCCUGGCCCAGAGCAGUAGCUCCAGCGGUGCCGCCGUCGCCACUUUCUCACAAGACCGACAGAUAAGGUUUCCUACUGCUCCACAGCUUCUUACUAAACUUGUAACCGGUCCAAUGGCGUGUGGCGCAGUUAUGGUGCCCACCACUAUGUUCAUGGGGCAGGUGGUGACUGCGUUUGCCCCACAGCAGGGCCAGCCUCAAACAAUCAGCAUCACCCAGCAGCCGUCUGCGCAGACGCAGGAACAGCAGCAGGCCCAGACGCAGUCCCAGACGGCUGCGGGAACGGCCCAACAGCAAGGCCAGGCCCAAACUCAGCUUGCCCAGCAACAAACACAAUUCUUACAGGCUCCUCGACUUUUACACGGCAACCAGUCGACCCAGCUGAUUCUUCAGGCAGCGUUCCCCGUGCAGCAGCAGCAAGGCACCUUCACGACCACGCCGCAACAACAGCAGCAGCAACAACAACUCCAACAGCAACAACAGCUGCAGCAACAACAACUGCAUCAACAACAUCAACAACAACAGCAGCAGCUGCAACAACAACAUCAACAACAACAGCAGCAACUCCAACAGCAACAGCAGCAACAAAUGGCAGCUCACAGAUCCGACAACUUGUCGGACCGCUCCAAAGCGGCACCUCAGUAGCAGCGGUGGAUGAAUUCAAGGCGUGGACUGAACCGAAUCUCUAUCAAGCAGCUUUGCAAGAGGUUGUGCGAUGGGAGUUAUAUGACAAAUGGCAGUAUUUGUACUGUACCCUCUCAUAUCCUUCUACUGAGGUUCAGGUGGGAGGCAAGACCUAAAGGGGGGUGUAUUGAUCUGCCCCAUGCCCUCUCCAACCUAAAUGUUGCUUGCACUGGAUUCUGGUCUGACCACAUGUCGCCGAACGUUUCGUUGGCAAGGGAAGACGCAAGGGGACCUGGUUUGUCUUCUUAAAGCCGUGAACUAUCUCCACAUCUACCUUCGCCACAGUAAGAAGAAAGAGAACUCAAAUUCUCGCGUUCCUUCGUGUCGUACUGCCACCCCUUUUUAAUUUAUGCGGAACGCUCUGGUAAAAAAGGAAAACGAGACUUCAAAGAAGUCCGGCAGAACAAACAGCAUCUUCGGUCUCCAUCUCUUUUUUCCCCUCGAUUGCUCUUUCCGUUUCGUUUGGCUUGUGGAAGUAAUUAUGGGUCAUAAAAUAUUUUUAAGAAUUUCACGCGGAUUCAACUUUUACUGUACAGUUCACCUGUAAGAUAAUGUGUAAAUAUAUGGACAAAAGGAAAGAGAAACAAAUAUUUUAUAUGAUGCAUGAGAUGAAAAGCGUAGUCUGUUAUUUGUAGCUUUGAAUAUACUUUUUUUUCUAAUAUUCAAAGGUAAAACGCAAACUUAGUAUACAUAAUGGCUGAUCUCUUCACAGACUUCCUUUUUCCAGUGGGAUGGGGUGAGCGUGAGCGUGUGCGUGUGCGUGUGUGUGUAUAUAUAUAUGUUUGUAUGUAUGUGUGUCUGCCGAGCAGGCAAUGCUGGAUCCAGUUUGUCACAGUUGGUUUAAAAACGACCUUCAUGUUUUAGAAGAACUUAUUAGAGCUUAAAUACAUAUUGCUUUAUGUUACACAGUAAUUAUACAGCUUUUGCACACAUGAAAACAUAGUUAUAUUUGGAGAGAUAUUCUACAUUUGUAAAUACUUUAAGAAGUUAUAUUCUAUCCUUAUAUAGUAUAAGGAUAUCAGUAUCUUGGUUAGGCAAAAUAUCCAAAUGGUGCUAUGACUGUAAGGUGCAUUUGUAAAAUGGCAGUCAAAUGACAUCCGCUUCAAAAACUCAAGCUGAUGUUUUUCAAAACUUAGACUGAUGAGGACAAAUAUAUUCACAUAGAGUUGCAUAUUAGGGUAAAGAUUGCUUAGGCCUAAGCCAUAGUGCUCUCUAGUUUUCUAGUUGUUUUGCCCUUCCACAGAGAGUUACGAUAAACAGAAAUAUAUAAAUAUAAUAUAACUUCCCCAAACCUAUUUGAUAUUAAUCACAUUUGCACAAUCGUAUGAAAAUAAGCUUGGUCUUGAUAAACAUUUAAAUUUAUCUUCCAGGGCCUGAUUUUGCUGUCUUCCAGACAUCUCUGGAGAAGCAGGAAUGUAUAGGUUCACUGAAUUACCUCUAACACUGACACAUGUCAACAGCUGCAAGGAAAUUAUAUUAAAUGUCCCAAAAGAGGAUACGUAAACUCUGUUAGGCGUGUAAGAUCCGACAGAGCUUAUAAGACGAAGCGAAUGAUCAAAUAAAGGUCUACACCCAAAGCAAUAGAUUUUUUAUAAUGAAAACUCCAGUGUUGACAAUCUGAUUCUAGUUCAAUUUAACUCAAUUGAAAAUAUGUUGAUGCUUAUUUAUGCCACUAAUGUGGCUACUAGAAUAAAAGUCUGCUUUAGCGAAUCGGUUACAAAGGAAAUUUCACCAUGGUGAAUUUUCAAAUUCAAGAGAUAGGUUUUUCUAUAUUUAAAAUAGUUCCCUGUACUUAGUAAAUAAUCUGUAACUGUAUAUAGCAAUGUAGACAAAAAUGUUUUUUGAAAGCUGAAAAGCAAAAUCGACAGAUAGCACUUAUGAUCUUGCGACGAAGUAUCAUGUUAUUGUUUUAUUUUUUGUAAUUGUCACUGAAAGUAAAUUUCACCAACAGAUAGCACUUACCGUGGUCUUGUGAGGAAAAUAUCACAUUAUCAGUUGUUUUAAUUAUUUUAAAAGUUCACCCAAAAAUUCUGUCAUCAUCACUGACUUUCUUUCUUCCGCAGAAUACCAAAGAUGAUAUUUUGAUGAAAGUUUGUAACCGCACAGCAGUGGCUCCAUUCACUUCUAUUGUCCGGACACAAAACCAAUGCAAGUGAAAGGGGCCAGUUAACAACAUUAUUCAAAAUAUCUUCUUUCGUGUUCCUCAGAAGAAAGUCAUAUGAAUGAGUUUAAAAUGAGAAGAGGGUGUGUAAAUGAUUGCAGAAUAUUUACUUUUGGGUGAACUAUACCUUUUACUGUCUGAACUUUAUGUUAGUAAGCAAUAUUGCCUUUUUCAGGUCAGUACAAAUAAACAGGUUUCAUUAAAGGAUCAUUUACCUCCAAAAAAUUACAAUUCACUCAUCAUUUACUUGCCGUCAUUUCAUUUCAAACCCUUUUGAUUUUUUUUAAUGUGUACUGGUUGCUUUUCUUCAUGCAACGGGGCAUUUUACCCUCAAAAUGAUGCCAUAGAAACUUGGAAAAUAAAAAGGUCUUAUCCACUAGUCCAACAGUGCUAAAGCUAUACAAUAGCUUAAUAAAAGAAACCAACCAAAAAUUUGAGUGUUUUUUCACUGUGACUUUGUUCUAGUACAUUUAUAAAAGAAUUUAGUACGAGUAUGAAAACUCACGACUGUGGGUAAAACAUUUUUAUAUUUUUAUUUCUGAGUGAAAUAAUCCUUUAACAGGAUACUCCACCCAAAAAAAUAAAUGUGCUCAUCCUAAAGUUGUUCCGAAUCUGUAUACAUUUCUUUGUUCAGUUGAACACAAAGAAAUAUAUUUGGAAGAAUGUUAGCAACCAACCAGUUUUUGGCCAUCCUUGACUACCAUAGUAGGAAACAAAAAUGUAUUUUUUGUUCUGUUGAACACAAAAGAAGAUAUUUUGAGGAUUUAGGAAAUCUAGAUGGCGAGUUAUUCAUGACAGAAUUUUCCUAUUUGAGUGGAGUAUCCCUUUACUGUAUUCAUAUCAGACCUUCCUAUGUAUAUAUUACGAAGCAAGUCAGAAUUUCUGGCUUGCUUGAGAAAAGCCAACCACACUCAUCCAAUCAGAGUUCAUAUUGCAGUUUCCCCCCAAUAGCGGAGGACCCCCUUAAUCUUUAAUAAUGCAGUAUGUCAUCAGUGCCAUCAGGUUUCUUUGAUUCAAUCCACUUAGCCCAAGCCAGCAAAUCAAUCAGAAUAUGAAUCCAUGCCUUUCAUGCGCUGGUUUUGCUUUAUGUGGUCACUUGUUUAGAUAUAAUCUUAUUUAUCCAAAAAAAAUAGCUGUUUAAAUCCCACUAAAAUUUAAUGUAGAUUAUGUCUCAGACGUAACCCAACAAUAUGGCUAAAAAUGGGAAAAGCAGGAUCACUGACUGAAUGUAAAACCCUCAUUAAGCUUUAUUAUACAGUAACAGGUACUGUAUGCUGACGCACACAUAAUAAACAUUUGAAUGAGGAAUAUAUAUAUAUAUAUAGAGAGAGAGAGAUAGAUAGAUAGAUAGAUAGAUAGAUAGAUAGAUAGAUAGAUAGAUCGGAAUUAGAUUUUAUUAUUUUUCUACAGCAAAACAGAGUUUAUGAAAAUAUAAUUAUUGUUUAAAAUAUCUAUGAUUCUUUUGCUAGGAAGGCAUAUAGACGAUAAUGUUUACUCCAUAUAACCUCAGAUGAAGGGUUUUUAUACAAACUGUGACGCACUGGUGGACCAGUUGAACAUUCACCCCACAUUUGGAUUCAGGAAAUGGUUAAGGUCUUGACUGUUUGAAAGAGACCUCAGUGAUGUAUGUGCUUUAGGCCCCCACUUAAGUUAUUAGGUAUGUUAGGUAUUUUGGAGUUAAUUUUUUUUUUUAAGAAUUACCUAUACAGUUUCAGGCUGGGUCGAGAAUGACCUCAUCUCCAAUGCUUAGUAUCGAUGCCAGUGUGCGACAGUGGUUAUGUUUUGGAGUAUAAGGGGGUUGAUUUUUUUCCUGCACUGAUUUGUAUCGUCAGCCCCAAAGUAACAUUGGCUUCCUCAGGUUGGAUCGGAAUAUUCACAACCCGCAUCACUUUAUACCUCUCUUCUGUCUUCACUCUGCUUUAUCUUGUGAUAGUGAUAUCUUCAAUAAUUUAUGUUCUUCUGCACUCAAUGUAAACACAAUAAACAACUGUUUUCCCCAGAUUACCGUUACAAUAUUCUGCUCCUCUGAAGGGUCUUUGUCAUUCAAUGAAACCUCAACGGGUGUUUGGUGUUUAUCCCAAAAAGCCAAAGGCAAAGAUGAGAAAUGUUGAUGAAACUUUUAAUGCUCGGCUUCGCAACAUGCCCAUUGGAAAAGGUGGUGAACCAUAUUAAAUGUUUUGUAGUUCUGUAUGCACUAGAAGUUCAGAAUGUCUACCAGUGUUCUCUCUUGCUAUCAUUUAAUCUCUGUACGUGUGAUGUUCUCUAAAGAGUACUUGCCUUUGGCUCACGAAUUUGAUCUGGUCAUCAAACGUUAGAUACAAAUAUUAGACGCAUACGUCGGUUUGAACACACACUAUUUGUUAUAUUCGUUCAGAGCUCUCUGGGGUUACUAGAGCAUUCUGGAUUUUUCUAAAGCUAAAUUCAAGAAUAUCAAGAAACACAAAGUGUGCUGUAUUGGGUUGAUUUUGUGAGCCGGGCCAUUCAUACAGUUAAAGAACCUUUUUAAACAAAACAAUGCUGUUAACUCCCCUUAUUCAGUUUUGAAAAUAAACAUAAAAAUACUCUG